GGGUGAGGCCAGCUACUGCUGGGGUGGAGCUGGCUCCUCAUAAAGAGAGGGAGAGCCACUCCGGGCUCAGCAUGAACUGCAAGGCCAAGGCCAAGAUGAGGGGAAUCCUCAUCUUUGGGCUCCUGUUGGCUACUCCCAGCUGCCGUGGCUCCUAUGAUGACCUGGUCAAGUGCUUCCAGGACCCUGAAUACGAGUCCAUCCUUGUCACGGCCCAGGAGGGCCUCCACACCUCCCCACUGCCCAGGCACGUGGUGGUAAUGGGAGCUGGCAUAUCCGGCCUGGCAGCGGCCAAGGCACUGCAGGAUGCUGGCCACCAGAUGAGCAGGUCUUGGAGGGGCCUCACUCACUUGCCUGCAGUUUUCUUCAUUGGGUGGGAAAAGAAAAAUAGUGAGGUGACAGCCAACUCUUAG